GAGAGAGUGGGAGAGAAAAGGAGCAAAUGUGCGGCGGCGGAGAGGGAGGAAGGACAGCGAGUGCGCAAACAGGCAAGCUGGCACAUCAUCAUCAUCAUCAGCAGCAGCAGCAGCAGCAGCGGCGGCGGCGGAGCAUCGUCCUGAUCCCGGUCUCCCGUGUCCUCAGCUGCCAGUCCUCCGUCUCUGAUUGAGACCUCACCGCCGGGGCUGAAGUGUGCAGAAGCCCCCGCCGACCAGCGCCGCCCUUCGAACACACUUUCUCCGGAGCUCGGUUAUUCUUAGCUCAGUUGAGAGGGACGCUCCUUCCGGUCCUCCUCUUAUUUAACCCAGUUUCUUGAAUAUUUAAUGGAAAAUGGCGUUCUGCGCGCCAUCGCACGGUGUCUUCUGCCUCCUCGCAGUCCAAACUGUACUUCUCUUAUGCGUCUCCGCGCCGACGGACGGGACCCACCUCUUCCCUCAGCACUACACAAUGAUUCACUGGGCUGGACGCAUCGAGAAGGAGCUGGAAAAGGUUCUGCAGCACGUCACCGGAACUCAGCAGAUGAGAUCGAUUUAUAAUGAGAAGAAGAGCCAGUUUGAAAUCAAGAGGAACAGCCCGAAGGACUUGGUGGAGAGAGUGGCGCGGGACAUCUCCAAGCUGCUCAACAGUAAGAGGAAAGCCCUGGAGAAACUGGCCAGGGAAGCGGAGCAGCUUCAGAAGGAGCAUGAAUGGCAAGACGGUGUGACGACGGAGGACGGAGAGGAGGAGAACCCGCUGGAGAGCGCAACGUCUUUGGAGCUGGAGUUUGUGGACGAUCCCAAUUUUAAAAACAAGGUCAACUACUCUUCCAGUGCGGUCCAGAUUCCUACAGACAUAUACAAAGGCUCCCCCGUCAUACUCAAUGAGUUGAACUGGACCCAGGCGCUGGAGAGGGUUUUCAUUGAAAACCGCAAGGAGGACAGCUCCCUGCGCUGGCAGGUGUUUGGCAGUGCCACAGGAGUGACUCGAUAUUACCCAGCCACUCCAUGGAAGGCUCCCAACAAGAUUGACCUGUACGACGUCCGAAGGAGACCUUGGUACAUCCAGGGUGCAUCGUCUCCAAAGGACAUGGUCAUCAUUGUGGACGUGAGUGGAAGUGUCAGCGGCCUCACUCUGAAGCUGAUGAAAACCUCUGUAGUCGAGAUGCUGGAAACUCUGUCGGAUGACGACUACGUGAACGUGGCCAGGUUCAACGAGAAGGCCGAUGCUGUCGUCCCGUGCUUCAGGACUUUAGUCCAAGCCAAUGUCCGGAACAAGAAGAUCUUCAAAGAGGCCGUCAAGCACAUGCAAGCCAAAGGAACCACAGAUUAUAAGUCUGGCUUCACAUUUGCCUUUGAACAGCUUCUCAAUGAGAGCAGCGCCCCGAGGGCCAACUGCAAUAAGAUGAUAAUGAUGUUUACAGAUGGCGGGGAGGAUCGUGCACAGGACAUCUUUGAGAAGUACAACUGGCCCAACAAAACGGUUCGUGUCUUCACCUUCUCUGUUGGCCAGCAUAAUUAUGACGUGACCCCUUUGCAGUGGAUAGCUUGUGCCAAUAAAGGUUACUACUUUGAAAUCCCAUCAAUUGGAGCCAUCAGGAUCAACACGCAGGAGUACCUGGAUGUCCUGGGUCGUCCCAUGGUGCUGGCUGGCCCUAAAGCAAAGCAGGUGCAAUGGACAAACGUCUACCAGGAUGCUCUGGGUUUGGGCCUCGUCAUCACUGGAACGAUGCCGGUCUUCAACCUCACCGUUGAUCCCGCGAGCUCGCAGAACCAGCUCAUCCUUGGAGUCAUGGGCGUCGAUAUUGCAAUCAACGAAAUCAAAAGGAAGACACCCACAUACAGACUUGGAGCUAAUGGCUACACCUUUGCCAUCGACCCGAAUGGCUACGUGCUGCUGCAUCCCAACCUGCAGCCCAAAAUCUUUAACUUCAAGGAGUCCGUUACUCUGGACUUUCUGGAUGCAGAGCUGGAGGACAGUAACAAAGAGGAGAUCCGCCGACAGAUGAUUGAUGGCAAACCAGGGCUAAGGAAAAUCAAGACGCUCGUUAAGUCAGUUGAUGAGAGGUACAUCGACGAGGCCAUGCGUACGUACACGUGGACGCCCGUGGAUGGCACAGAUUACAGUCUAGGCUUGGUACUGCCCACAUAUUCUGAGAACCACAUCAAGGCAAACCUGAGUGACCAGAUCCUUCAGGUGCAGUUGCCAUACACCAAGGAUUUUGAAUCACUGCUGCCAAACAGUUUUGAGUCUGAAGGCCAUGUAUUCAUUGCUCCCAGGGAAUACUGCAAUGACCUCGAACUGUCCAACAACAACACUGAGUUCCUGCUCAACUUCAUUGCUCUGAUGGAGAAGGUGACACCGGACUCCAAACAAUGCGACAAUCUGCUCCUUCACAACCUCAUUCUGGACACCGGCAUCAUCCGGCAGCUCGUGGAGAAAGUGUGGAAGAAUAAAGACUGAACACGUGAAUAUGGCUCCCUGGCUGUUUCUGCUGCAUCGGACGGAGGAGUAACUAGAGUGUCUCCGAACAAGGCUGCAGAGACCUGGGAGGAAGACCCCGAGCCGUUUAAUGCCAGCUACUACCGCCGCAGUCUCGACAACAAGGGCUACAUCUUCCGAGCGCCUUAUCGCACAGCCCGGGACGAGCUGCUGAACCCGGAGAACGACACCAUAGGGAUCCUGGUCAGCACGGCUGUGGAAUUCACAGUGGGAGGAAAGACCAUCAAACCCGCAGUGGUCGGAGUGAAACUAGAUCUUGAAGCCUGGACGGAUAAAUUUAAGAUUCUUGCGAGCAACCACACGGACAACCAUCAGGGCUCAAAUACGUGUGGACCAAACAGGGGCUGUGAAAUGGACUGUGAAGCCAACAGUGAGGAUCUCCUGUGUUAUUUGAUAGACGAUGGUGGAUUCCUGAUCAUGUCUAAUCAGAAGGACGACUGGAACAAGGUGGGCAUGUUCUUCAGUGACGUCGAUCCCUACUUGAUGUACGCACUCUACAACAACUCCUUCUACAACCGCAAGCAGUCGUUUGACUACCAGUCGGUGUGCGAACGGAUGCCCAACAGUGAAGCUGGAGCUGCUCCCCGAGCAGUGUUUGUGCCCACAGUGGCCGAUUUUGUGAACGUGGCUUGGUGGACCUCAGCAGCUGCAUGGUCCUUGUUCCAACAGUUUAUAUAUGGACUGGCUUAUCACAGCUGGUUUGUCAGAGAGGAGGUCGAUGCAGAAGGAAUCGACUCCAAGGAGCGGAGUUGUGUAAUGAUUCAGACCCAGUACUACCUGAGUAAUCUCAGCAGCUCCUACAACAUACUGCAAGACUGUGGCAACUGCUCCAGGCUGAUUCACGCCAAGAAGAUUAACAACACCAACUUGCUGUUUGUGGUGGCUGAGAAGAUGCCAUGCAACACCUGCGAGAUAGAGAAGCUCUCGCAGGAGGAGGAGGAGUUCAAGGAAGAUAAUCCGUGUGAAGACGUAACGGUGGCGCGCUAUCGGAAAGGACCUUCCACCUGCUUCGACAACAACAUCUCCGAGAACACAUCCGACUGUGGACGGGGACACUCCUUCCGUCCGUCCCUCUACACCUUACUGCUCAUCCAGCUGUUUCUGCUUUAUCCAGCCGUCAGCCCCCACCGUCCCUCUCCGCUGCAUUAAUUCAACUCAACUUAUCCUCCGCUUAGCCCCCCCGACCGACCCCCUCCUGUCUCCCCCCCCUCCCACCUCCACGCCCCCGUGAUAUACUCAUAGGUAAUAAUGGGGACUUCCCUUCUCGGCAAAUUGGAAGCCCUGAGUGCCGCGUCACCCAGCUCGCUUCAGUUCCACGUCUCUUGGCGACAACUGCCGGACGUUUUUUGGCGUCUUGGGCCAGUCGUCCUUCAUCCGCGAGCUCUGCUGGACCACCCGGAUCAUCGGAGGCAACGUCAGAAGAGAGAAAGCACCCUUGCCCCAGCCCCUCCCCCUUAAUGACCCCCCCCCCCCCCCCGACCAACCCCCGACCAUGCAGAGAAGGGAGGGCAGAGAGGACGGGCCGAUGUCCUCGCCGCAGACCUCCCGUCCUCCGCCACAGACUGCAGGGUUGAGAAUGUCUUUUCUGCCUUCGGUCAGACAGAUGCUGGGACUCGUCUCUUUUCUUCUCUCCUUCCUUUCAGAGUCUCAUCGCUGUGUCAUUGUCCUCUGGUAAGAGGCGGUGGACCAUUUAGCCACCAUAAAAGAAAAUAACAGAAAAGGUAUCAAGCUGUCAAGGAUACAACAUGUCAAGUAUUAUUGCCGGAGUGAUGAAUAUUCCAGACAAAUGGUGUAUGUAGGUUUAAUCUGAAGAGGAAUUCGUAAGGUGUUUAUCCAAAAAGACAUUAAUUUAUUCAUGCACUAUAUCUACUUGCCAAAAUGAGAUAGACUUCUAUGUGGUCUUAUUUUUUAUAGCCAAAACACAAGGAGGAAAUGGCUUCUGAUUUAGGUUUAGAAUAAACCUUGAGAGGAUGAGGAGAAACCCAGAAACUGAAAGCAGAUACAUUCUGUGCAGCGCCUAAUUACAGAUUAAAUCUUUUAAAAGACGUCCACUGCGGAUUAUGGUAAUGACACGAUGAUAAUUGCAUUUUUUGAAGUAUUUCUUUUCUCAUAUUACCAAUUUAAGGCUUACACACUAAUGACAGCUGUAAAAUAUUGAUCGGUAUUUGGGGACUGCAGAUUUGCAACAUCAUUGAUGUGUAUUAUUCUCAAUCAACCAUUCUGACCUCUGGUUUUGGAAUGAUGUAAAAAAAAAAAAAGAAGAAAGAGAAAUCGCUUAUAGGAAAGCUCACCUCUGCCAAUCGUCACGAGGCUUCUCCGGUAGCUUCUACUAACGAUCACGAUUAGUAUUUAUGUGCUUCACAUAAAUGGUCGUACAAAGACGGCCUUGUGACCGCUGGUCAGUGGUACUGGAUGGGCCGUUUCUUUUAUUUGUGGGGCUUCUAUUACCUUCGACUGAUGCUGUUCAACGAUCAAAAACCAUUCGCUGCUGGGGGGGAUUCGGGCUUGUCAACAUUUUCCAACAAAAGUGCAGAAGAGGCAACUAAACACGGUGAUCGCGUACAGUAGUAGCCUGGUUGUAAUCCGUCGCAGUUCAUCAUUUGAUCCUUAACGAUGUUUAGGAGCCGCUCUGUCUCAUAGUGCCUUGAUGCACUUUGUUUUGGAUCAUAUUGGCUGUAUAAGAGUAGAGCUACCCUAUAGUACCUUUAUAACGCGGCCACGUUUGAGGAGCUUGUGAAAACUGAAUCCGUCAGCUAUAGAAGUAGCUUCCCACGCGGAGCCAUCGCGCCAACCUUCUCUCUUUGCUUAAUGUAUUCGCCCCCCCGCCCCCCCGCCCCCGACUGUGGUUGCGCCUGACUGCCAUCGUAUGGAGUUACUAUACCGUUCCUUUACGAAGCCAUGUAUAGAGCUAUGAUACACUAUCCGUAUACAGCAACUGGCCAUAGAGCGUUUUUAGGGCCACCUUGACUGCUAUAGUUCUGCCUGAUUCGUAUGUGUUUGUGUGUGGAUGUGUGCGUGCGUGUGUGUGUGUGUGUGUGUGUUAGUUUGCGUUGAAAACCCUCAAAGGGAAUGUCUUUAAAAAUGAGAAGUGGAGUGUAUGGGGGACGACAGUUGUGGUAGCAUAGCUGUUUUUCCUGUUCCUCUAUUGCAACGGACAAAAAAAUAAAAUAAACCCCAGUGUUGUGGGGAAGAAAAAAAAAAAAAAAAGGAUUUUACUGAAACAAACAGAAUCCAUCUUUGAACCAUCAGUCUGCCUAAAUAUUAAUCUUAGAGAGCAGAGGUGUCCAAAAGAAUGUGUAGUUCAUCAGUGUUUUUGCUUCAAAUGCAACAUAGUUAACAAAGCCUCUCUAAAUGCCUUAGUGUUACACAGUACGGAGCGCCGACACGUUUCCCUCCCUCAUGUUCACUCACACAAAUAGAUCCUCCAAAACAUUCACUCCCCGGGGUUUUCUUGGUAUUCCGCAGUAAGUAUAGUGAGCUCUAAUUUUGUAUUUUUGCGUCUUGAAAUGGUUCGUUAUUGAUUGAUGCCUGAUUGAUGUUUUGAUUAAAUGCUUGAAAGCCAAGUGGGAGUUUGAAAAAUUCAAAAAGCCUCCGACCUUCAAUGUUCACACCCACCCGAAACCUCGCCGCACUGCUCCGGAGGGACGACUCGCGCCACAAUCUGAACUCUGUACAGUUGUUGGUUCUAUUUGAUGUGACAAACAUGCUGGCGCAGUUGACUGCAGCACAUCUGACUCAGAGACACAAAAGACUGUUUAAAAAAAAAAAAAGGUGUAUUUCCAAUUUGGCUUCUUUCAGUGUUCAGUCAUCGGAUGCCGGAUGCAGUUUUGCUUUUCCGGCGUUUUUUGUCUCCGUCCUGUGCCAUUGGAUUCCGUCUGUAUUUCCCCAUUUCCACUGUCUGUAAAUUGAGUGCUACACGUGCCCGUGGAAAUGUACCCCCCCCUGCAACUUCCUCUCUUUACCCGGUUCCGUACGCUUACAGUCCUCACACACACAAACCAAGUAUGUAGGCCUACAGUUAUUUUCCGACAUUAUGCACCAACACGCCUACAAGCAAACGUAUUAAUGACAUAAUGUCAAUCACCAGGCAAAGGUAGGCCAAGGACAUCGCUCCCCAGGUGGGGUUUUUUAGGGGGGGGGGGGAGGCGGGAAUAUCAGAGGCAAGCUGAGGGAGUGCGUCUCCACAGAGCAGGCCGGUCCCGUCCAACGGCAGCGGCCAUGGAGAAAUCAUGCAGCGGCGUCCGUGUGUGCGUCCCGGCAGAGAAAAAAACAAACAUAUUCCGAAGGGGGUCUCACCCUCUGAUUUUCUGUGGUUUGACAAAUUUACAUUUGCCAAAAGGAAAAAGAAGAAAAAAAAAAUAAUUAGAGAAUUGGACGAGCUUGGAGACGAUGAGAGGGAGGAGUUUGGCUUCAGGAAAGGAGCCUGAAAUAAGCGUGGUGGUUUUCAUGAAGCCUCUCGCCGCCCUCCCGCCCCUCGCUGCCUCUGUGUUGGUGCGUCUCUGUGGGAAAGACACGUGCGUGUGUGAUCCUGUAGUCUGUAGUCUGGUGCAAUGUUUGAAAAAUGUGUUUAAAAAAUAAAAAAUAACUGCAACAUUUAGAGAGAAAAAAAGAAGAAAAAAAAGUUAAAUCAGUCAAAUUAUCCGUGAAGUUAUAAAAAUAUAGGAAUACAGCACUGUUGAUAAGUUUGAGAUCUGAAGUCAAAACGUUUUGAAUUUAUUUUCUUUUUUAUUUCUUGUUUGUGUGUGAGUGUGAAUGUACGUGUGCUUGGAAGAUUUAGCUCCCUCUUUUCUGGACUCUGGUCCGUGUCGCUCCAUUCUUUUUUAUGAAGCUAAAAAAAAAAAAAAAAAAAAAGAAGAGGGCAAAUUUGUAAAAUAUUGUGUCUGUGACUCCUUGUAAAAUAUUUUCAAAUUGUUUAUUACAGAGAAUCAGUUAUUAAAUAAUGUUCAUAUUUUUCACUUCA